UGCCAAAUAAUCCCAUCAAGGAAGCGCAUUGCACAAAACCUUCGUCUCAUUGCUUCAAUCCUACAAGUACAAACAUUAAAAGCGACAUUGCCUCCUGGACGAAAAAUCUUUGACGAUCCUUCAAGCCGCUCACAGCGCAACACCAUCACCAUGGACUUCGCGGCCCUCAUGAACAAAGAGCUAUCCAAAUCAAAAUCCUCCAAAUCCUCCUCCAGCGCCGACGAAAAGAAAUACCUCAAGCGCUCCGAAGUAGAAGCCGAACGCAAAGCCGCCUACCUAGCCGAGCAAAAGGCCCUCGAAGCCGAACGCGCAUCCAAGGCCGAAGCGAAGCGCAAGCGCGAGGAAGAAGUCGCCGCAGAAAACGCCCUCCGCGAGGACAAGCGCCGCAAGCUCGCCGAAGAGUCGCGCAAGAGGCAGCAGGAGAAGGAAUUCGAAGAAGAGCAGGCCAGGAGGAAGAGACUCGGCCUGCCGGAGCUCGUCAAGGGCGACGAAAACGGCGAUGAUAAGAACGGCGACGCGGCAGACGACAUCCCGGAUGACGAGCUGAUAGAGAAGCUGAGAGCGCUGGGCCACCCGGCGAAAUUAUUCGGAGAAUCACAUGCGGCACGGCUGAGACGACACAAGAAGCUCACUACGGUGCUGACAAAGGGGCCGAUACCGACGACGCUACAGCUGGUGGAGGAGAAGGACAUGAAGGUCGACGGCACGCUGCCAAAGGACAAGGAGGGCCGCCAAUGGCUGUACAGACAGCUGGCCAGCUACUUCACCAUGGUGCUCACGGCAUACGAAAAGGCAAUGGAGGAAGAGAAGCGAGACACGAGCAACAGCAAGAUGGCCUACAGCGCCAUGGUCCAAACCCGCGAAAACAUGAAGCCACUCUUCCGCAAAUUCGAGUCCGGCGACCUCGACGACUCCCUCCUCCAGCCCAUCAUCGAAAUCGUCCAGGCCCUCCAGGAGCGCCGCUACGUCGACGCCAACGACGGCUACCUCCGCCUCAGCAUCGGCAAGGCAGCCUGGCCUAUUGGCGUCACCAUGGUGGGUAUCCACGAGCGCAGUGCGCGCGAGAAGCUGCACGAUGGUGAAAAGGGCCACGUCAUGGGCGACGAGGUGACGCGAAAGUACCUGCAGAGCAUCAAGCGCUGUCUCACCUUUGCGCAGGUGCGCUGGCCGCCGGAGGAUUUGAGGCAGUUGAUGGGGUGAUUGGAUACGGCGGUGAUGUUGUAGUUUGCGGCUCGAUUGUGAUGUAAAGUGCUCUGGGAAAAUGGAGGGAUAUAAUGAAAUGGUUCCAAGCGUGGCUAUGCAGUGCUGGAAUGGCAGUUGGUAGUAGUGGUAUAUGUGUGAUAUGAUAUGAUACCCGUCUCAAUUGGACAAUAUAGACAAAGAAGAAUGCAUAUAAUACGAGGCGUCGCUGAACGAAACAUGACUUAUCAAUACCACAUCUACUAUUUGAUAUCACGACAUC